UCGAAUCUCUGCCUCUCAGGGGGUGAGUUUUUGUGGUCUGGUGCUUAAUUUGGCAUACCCGUCACAGAGAAAGAUGAACUUCUCUUUGUGCGCGCCGUCUUCUGAUCUUAGAUAUCCUUAUAAUGAAGUUGUGAGGUCUACGGAUUUUAGUCUAAUGAUGUCCAAACCUUCUCUGAGGAUUGAAAAUGUCAUCAAGAGAGAUAUUUCCCAAGUGUCUUCUAAUCCGGAGGCUGGAAAGGCGGUGAUGUCAAGCAAUUUGAUGCCUAAGCAGUUAGAAGGAUCGUUCAUGGCAAAAAAACAGUUUGAUGAUCACGUUCAUAAGACAGAAUGUGUCAGAACAUUGCUGAUUGAUAACUAUGAUAGCUACACGUACAAUAUUUACCAGGAGUUGUCUGUAAUUAAUGGCUUACCUCCUGUGGUGGUGCGAAAUGAUGAGUUGACUUGGGAGGACGUCUACCAUUACUUGUACGAAGAAAAUGCGUUUGACAACAUCGUUAUAUCACCUGGACCUGGUUCUCCAACAUGUCCGGCAGAUAUAGGAAUCUGUCUUCAACUGCUACACAAGUGCUGGGAUAUCCCCAUUUUGGGGGUUUGUCUUGGACAUCAAGCCUUAGGUUAUGUUCAUGGCGCUAAUGUUGUGCACGCAUCUGAACCCAUCCAUGGUCGCUUAAGUGAAAUCGAACACAAUGGAUGCAGCCUGUUUCAUGACAUCCCCUCUGGCCCAAACUCAGGAUUUAAGGUGGUUCGAUAUCAUUCUCUUAUAAUUGAUGAUGGGUCACUACCAAAUGAUCUCAUUCCUAUAGCAUGGACAUCUUCCACUGAUGCACUUUCUUUUCUUGGGACACAUGAGCUUGAUGUUACCCCUGACACUUCCGCCGAUUUUUAUCCAAACAGCGUGAAAGGAAAAAAGGUUCUCAUGGGCAUCAUGCAUUCCACCAGGCCUCAUUAUGGUGUGCAGUUUCAUCCAGAAAGUGUUGCAACUUGUCAUGGAAGGCAAAUAUUCAAGAAUUUUAGAGAGAUUACGGAGAAUUAUUGGCGGAGAUUGAAGCCAAAGUUCACCAAACAAAGGGGUUUCCCAUAUGCUGCAUGCAUGCAGAUGCCAAAUGCUAAUGGACUGCUAAGAGAAGUUUCCGAAGGCAGGCAGCUAGCAAUUAAUCUGGAUAGUCGACGAUAUAAUGAAGCUUUUAGAAGUGGCCAAUCAGUGCAUAAUGUAGAUAAGAAUAGUUGUUUUGGUAUGUUUAAGAUGGUAGAUCUUUCCCAUCCAAACAUUGGCGUCAAACACCUAAAGUUGAAGUGGAGGAAAUUUGACUGCUUGGCUGGUAAAGUUGGCGGAGCAAGAAAUAUUUUCCUUGAAUUUUUUGGACGUAAUUCUGCUGAGAGCACCUUUUGGUUGGACAGUUCCUCAACAGAGAAGGGAAGAGCGCGCUUUUCGUUCAUGGGAGGCAAAGGUGGAUCUCUUUGGAAGCACAUGACAUUUAAAUUAUCAGAUGAAAGUGAUACGGCUUCAAAAGCUGGAGGUUAUCUAACAAGUGAAGAUGCUCAAGGCUCUACCGUGGAAACAUUUCUUGAAGAAGGUUUUCUUGAUUUCUUGAAAAAGGAACUCCUGUUAAUCCGUUAUGAUGAAAAAGAUUAUGAAGGAUUGCCAUUUGACUUUUAUGGCGGAUAUAUUGGUUACAUGGGGUAUAACCUCAAAGUUGAAUGUGGCAUGGUAUCAAAUCGCCACAAAUCCAGAACUCCAGAUGCUUGUUUUUUCUUCGCCGAUAACCUCAUAGCUAUUGAUCACUGCAAUGGCGAUGUUUACGCAAUGUGUUUACAUGAGGGAAGCACAACUCCGUCAUGGUUGGAGGAAAUGGAACAGAAACUUGUGAAAGUUGAAGCUUCUGUUAAAAGAGGCAGAGAGGAACAAACUCUAUGGGCUCUAAGAAAAUCUACAUCUAAGGAAGGUUUUGUUUGUGAUAAGUCCAGAGAGGACUAUGUAACAGAUAUUGAGAAGUGUCUGGAUUACAUUAAAGAUGGAGAGAGCUACGAAUUGUGUCUAACUACUCAACUCAGAAAGAGAAUUGGAGACAUAGAUUCACUAGGACUAUACCUUCACCUGAGAGAAAUAAACCCGGCCCCAUAUGCUGCCUGGCUUAAUUUUUCAAGGGAAAACCUAUCCAUCUGCUGUUCUUCACCGGAGAGAUUCCUAAGAUUGGACAGGAACGGCAUAUUGGAAGCGAAACCCAUUAAGGGCACCAUAGCUCGUGGUGCGACACAAGAGGAAGAUGAACGGUGCAGACAGCAGUUGCAAUACAGUGAAAAGGACCAAGCCGAAAAUUUGAUGAUUGUUGAUCUUCUAAGAAACGACCUUGGGCGAGUUUGCGAGCCCGGUUCUGUCCACGUGUCCCGUCUUAUGGAUGUGGAAUCAUAUGCGACAGUGCAUACCAUGGUCAGCACGAUUCGUGGAAAAAAGUGGGAAGACAUAACUGCAGUCGAUUGUGUAAGAGCAGCAUUUCCAGGUGGUUCAAUGACAGGUGCACCGAAGUUGAGAUCAAUGGAGCUUCUUGAUUCUCUAGAGAGCAGCUCCCGAGGUAUCUACUCGGGCUCUAUCGGGUUCUUUUCGUAUAACCAGACAUUUGACCUGAACAUUGUGAUUAGAACCAUUGUGAUUCAUGAGGGUGAAGCUUCGAUAGGUGCGGGAGGGGCCAUUGUUGCUCUGUCGAAUCCCGAAGACGAAUACGAAGAAAUGAUCUUGAAAACACGUGCUCCAGCAAAAGCUGUGAUGGAAUUUCUCUAGGGAGUUUGAUCUUAGAGGAGUUAUUCAUGUUUAAUUUGUACCUUUGUCCCAUUGAAAAGUCUAGUAUCACAAAAGAAUCUUUAUGCAGACCUGUACAAGUAGCAGGGCUUCAUAUAUACGUAUAGUUUGGCUUGUUAGGUUAAUAAUUUGUUUUGUCAAAACAAUAAAUUAAAAGGUGAUUCUGAUUCUUGAUAACCACUACACUUGGCUGAAUUUGAGUUUCCUA